ACGUUUGAGAGGAGGGCGGGGUGUCGUUCCCUUUCGCUGAUGCAAGAGCCUAGCGCGGUGCUGUGAGAGGUAUCGGUAGGAGCUACGCUGACUCCGGGGUGUGAAGCCGACCGGUCUGACUUUUCAUCACUGCCGAACCCACUCGAACCACAGCCAUGUCCGGGGACGAGAUGAUUUUUGAUCCUACUAUGAGCAAAAAGAAAAAGAAGAAGAAGAAGCCUUUUAUGUUAGAUGAAGAAGGUGAUGCCCAGACAGAAGAAACCCAGCCCUCAGAGACAAAAGAAAUGGAGCCAGAACCAGCUGAAGAGAAAGAUGUGGAAGCCGAUGAAGAGGACAGUAGGAAAAAAGAUGCUUCUGAUGACUUAGAUGACUUGAACUUCUUUAAUCAAAAGAAAAAGAAGAAAAAGACAAAAAAGAUAUUUGAUAUUGAUGAAGCUGAAGAAGCUAUAAAGGAUGUUAAGAUUGAAAGCGAUGCUCAAGAGCCAGCCGAGCCAGAGGACGACCUUGACAUUAUGCUUGGCAAUAAGAAGAAGAAAAAGAAGAAUGUGAAAUUCCCAGAUGAAGACGAAAUACUAGAAAAAGAUGAAGCUUUAGAAGAUGAAGACAGCAAAAAAGAUGAUGGCAUUUCAUUCAGUAACCAAACUGGGCCUGCUUGGGCAGGCUCAGAAAGAGACUACACAUAUGAGGAGUUGCUGAACCGAGUGUUCAACAUCAUGAGAGAAAAGAAUCCAGAUAUGGUUGCUGGUGAGAAGAGGAAAUUUGUUAUGAAACCUCCACAGGUCGUCCGAGUAGGAACCAAGAAAACUUCUUUUGUCAAUUUUACAGAUAUCUGUAAACUAUUACAUCGUCAACCCAAACAUCUCCUUGCAUUUUUAUUGGCAGAAUUGGGUACAAGUGGUUCUAUAGAUGGUAAUAACCAACUUGUAAUCAAAGGAAGAUUCCAACAGAAACAGAUAGAAAACGUCUUGAGAAGAUAUAUCAAGGAAUACGUCACUUGUCACACAUGCCGGUCACCGGACACAAUCCUACAAAAGGACACCCGACUCUAUUUCUUACAGUGUGAAACUUGUCAUUCUCGAUGCUCUGUGGCCAGUAUCAAAACUGGCUUCCAGGCUGUCACAGGCAAGCGAGCACAGCUCCGUGCCAAAGCUAACUAAUUUGCUAAUCACCAUUGAUUUUUUCAAAAUGUGGUGGAGAUUUGGCUGGACAGGUUACCAUCAGAGUGGAUGUACCAUUGAGUUAAAAACAAGAUAGAAACUGCCAAGUUCUUUGGCGAGUGAUUGUUCUGAAAUCCUUGCAAGAUACCGGUAUUCAAGCUGUUGAUAUACUCGUUGCCUACUUUAACAACUGUCAGAGAAACGUGAUGGAGUAAGGAGGUGCUUUUUAAAAUCGUUCAUAGACUUCUGUAAAAUGCAAGAUAAAUUAAAGUUAUUAUAACAGUAAUUCUUUCAAUUUGAUCUGUCCUUUGGUUUUCUUUUCUACAAUAAACUGCUCGUUAAAUUUAGCUAAAAACAAAGUAACAAACUUGAUUCCUGGGGUCUGGAAAGUUGUCUUCAGAAACUCAAAAUUGGCAGAUACUGGAGCUGGGCAACCAUUUUCCUUUUCAGCAUCUCUUGAAGAUACAUGACUAGAAUAGAUGGGACUUCCCCUGGGAGUGGUUGGAACAUAAGGUAUGGGACAGUGGCCUGUUUUUAGUGUCUAGAAAAUGACUGGAGGUUUUCUUUGCUUUUGUGAGGAUUGUCGCCACUAUUUUCCAGCCAAUUCCUCAUUCUCUCAUGUGACAACAGUGGAAACUGCCAGGUGCUACAUUCCUCCUCUUUGUGAUUUUCUGUUUGGCUAGCUUUGAGGAAACAUGUAGUAUAGAGAAUUCUUGGGGAAGUUUCUCCAACCUGUGUUCUAGGUCAGUAAAAGUUCCUUCCUCCUCUGAAAUGCUUUUCUGUACUAAACUAACUUGAUGUGACCUAGAAAUCAAGAGAUACUGCUGCGUGUGUGAUCUUGUUACAUCUAGCUCCACAAGGUCUUUCUCUCCACCGGUCCACAGGAAGGUCAGUCUUGUGGGUCUGUGCUGUAAUCUGCCUUACUUGCACCCAUCAGGAUAAGGACAUACACGGUGCUCCUCAACUUUUCUGCCACCAGACUGUUAACCUUGCUAAAUGGCCUGAGAACAGUCACUUACUCUGCUGUCUUGACUAUGCUGUUUUUAAUCACUGUGACUUGAAUUUUCAAGUAUGGGCCAAAUGUGGCCAAGUAAAUUGGCUGUGAAGGAACUUGGUGGUAGAAGGAACUUUACCUCAACCAGGUAGGUCAAGAGAUGGGCAAUAUACUGGUUGACCUGCCAACCACCACUCACUGCCAUGUGAAUAUAACCGUUUGACUGCAAUUUCCAUUUUUUUUUUUUUUUUGGUACCUCUGCCCAUAACCCCCAAUGUUGGCAAUUUUUGCGUGAAUAAAGCAAGGAUCAGUGCCUCUUGUGUAA